GGAAAGAAAGCAACGAAGGCAGCGAUGGCGCCGCCGUACUAUAUUCAACCGUGGCUGAAGCUGCCGAAGCCGUACAUCCCUCCCGCCAAGGGUGAGGAGUUGGUGGACCCCAGGAAGAAACUCGAGCCCAUCUGCGUAGCCAAGUGCAGCGCAUGGGUCAACAAAUACAACGUACGUACGCCAACCUGCACACAGCCAGACAGACAGGCAGAAAGGCAGGCAGACAGGCACAAGGUGUGCACCGCUCAUCAUGUGAUCUGUGUGUGUGUGUUGACAGGACUGCGUGACGCGUGUGCGUGCGAGGACUGACGGCAAGGGCGACUGCCAGUCGCAGUAUGAGAAGCUGGGCGAGUGCAUCGACUGGUGCCUCUGCAAGCAGGGCAGACUCUUCGACUACUUGAAGUGAACGACCGACCGACUGAUGAGGUCAGAGAGAGUGACCUGGUCACUCAACACACACACACACACACACACACACACACUUAUGUACAACGUCGUGUGAGGUGUGUUCGUUCAGUGUGCGGCAACACGCGCGGCUCUGAAGUGUUUUCGUCUGAUUUGUUCCGCAUACGUGAGGCUGCCUGGCUGACUGCGCACCGCAGGACACACACACACGCAACCCCUGUGUGUUUUCGAUGUCUGGGUGAUGACGGUCACCCGAUGCUUGUACUCGGCUGCCUGGCCGUAUUGCCUGUCUGUCUGUCUGAUGUCCUUGGGUUACCGGUAGUAUAUGACCUCAUAUGCCUCACCCACACUCUCCCUCCGUGUGUAUGUGGUGAACUCACUCGUUGGUUGCGCUCAUGUAGGUAAUGUAUGCGGACAGCAGAGCAGUGAGUGUCAAGUGCGUGACGUUCUCUCGUCCCACAGUGUCGGUCAUUGAUUGACGCAACACAACCCAAGCGAUCUGUAC